AUGAUUGAAAUAUUGGUGCUCCUACUGGUAGGCGUCCUUGAAGUCUUGCGCCUGGAGCCGCAAUACUCGAAACUGGUCCGAGUCCACAAUCAAGUCGUCAACGCAGUAUCAAACCUUCCUGCCAAUCUGGGACUGCCAGUGACCACGUUGUAUGCUGUCACGACUCACGGUGGCCUGCCGGUAGUGCACCAACUCGUGGGCAACUUGAAGCUGACUAGAAGGACGUUUUGGUACUUGUUGGCAGCAUUUCGCUGGUUACGAACCUUCCUUCAAGUUAGACUCGGGUCGUCAAGGAACUUGGAUGGCCAAUCAUCCAUUGCUAAACCCGACCGGGCUCGGGUAGCCUGGAUCAACGCAAUGCAAAAGUUCGAUGCACUAGAUCAGAGCACAGAUGCAUUAUCGGCCCCCAGACAUGUCCCCACAAGGCUGAUUAACAUCUUCACGGGACAAGUCGAAGCCAUCCAGAAUGAUACCACAAAGCGCUACGUCAUUGCAUCCUACCUCUGGAAUCCAGACAGAUUUACGGGCACUUCAGAACACUAUUCUGGCUUGUGGGACGACAUACCCCAGGCACCCACAUUCGACGAUUGGUUCCGUCUGACUUGCCUCAUGCAUCCAAACAUCGUUCAGGCAGUUGAUGCAGAGGAAAGGGAGUUGGAUCGUUUGCACUGCCCAUCGGAAGUGCCAGCAGGGCUAUCGCGGGAAUAUUUACGAGAGAUAUUUUUCCUUGUCGCCAGGGAAGCCUUGUUGAUGGGUCUUGAGUAUGUCUGGAUGGACAGCAUUUGCGUCAACCAAGCGGAUCCAGAAGAUGUCGCACGUGAGAUACCAAGGAUGAGUGACUAUUACAGUAAUGCAGCUUGCUGCGUUGCUGUAUCCGAAGCGCUACGCCGGCGCUAUGCUACCGCCGAAGGCCCUUCCCAAGAUGACGCAGGGCCAGAAUCCAGAAGCGACCAAGCUUGGCGCAGGAUUAUAACUUGGAUGAAGGGGUAUCAUGCCAAACGGGUCUGGGUCUUCCAAGAGACGUACUUGGCCAGAAAAGUUGUAGUCCGCGCUAGAAACAUCCGAAUCGACGCCAAUGAAUUGGUCAGGACUAGCGACUCGGUUUCGCCCCGCUCUCGUAUCCUUCUCAGCAUAACGAGCGACGAAUUUCCCAUUUCUCUCCCAAUAUCAAAUUGGGAUCGCCCAAUGUCACCUGAACUCUGCUUGCAGUACUGUCGCAAGCGAGACUGCUCGUUCCUUCAUGAUAACGUCUACGGCAUUCUUGGCCUAUUUCCCUUCAAAAUUCGCAAUUCACUCCCGGUGGAUUAUCAACUUUCACCAGGGAUCAUUCUCGCCAUAUUUUCCUACUUGAGAGUUCGAGAUGGGGAUUUAUCUGCUUUACUUACGCUCCAGCACGAAUUCUACGAAAGGGAUGAACCCGGUCUCGGCGUCUCGUGGUUUCCUGCGGGCUUUGGCUGGCAACCAAAAGAUAUAUUUGGCGUUACGCCGCAUGCCGAACUCUUGUCUCAUGUUGACCCUGAGGGCAUACUGCACAUGUCCAUGUACCAUCUCGAAGUGGAGAAAGUUGCCACAAGCUUGAGUUUCGCGUCGAUUGCGGUAGAGCAUGAUGAUCUCAAUAUUGAGAUCCAUCUCAUGCCACGCUAUGCCGAGCUCUUCCGUAAAAGGCCGCCUCAAACCGGAAUAUAUAUUGUUGGGGGGAUAUUGGAACCCUCCAAUAGCGGGCGCGAACCUUCUUUCUUUGGUCCGCCUACCUUGCGACAGCAAAUCGCAAGCAAGGAGCGCGAGGAAAGAGAGAGGUUCUUGAAUCGGAAAGCGAAAAAAGGCGAAGUUGUACUGGCAACCUUUGGGGAACAGAGUUGGUCGUUUGAUGAUGUUCCCAACUGGUGGUUCUGGCUUUUACUGGCAACAGAUGAUGAGGGAAAGACAUGGAGAAGAUUCGGAAUAGCUAUCAGCCACGAAGUUAAUACUGGCUCGAUCGCACGAAAGAGAUUUAGUAUUCGGUAAUGAAAAUAUAGGCUACUACUGUGUGGAUCAUUGUGUACUAGAUGUCCACUAGAGUUCGCACAUUUUUGGCGUAGCGUCUAUUACUAGAUGGUCACCAGAGUUCGCGUUUUUUUUGCAACAACAAUAGCUCCUCAACGUCUGGGUCAAAAUGUACAAUUCUUUUACCGUCGGAUAGCCUGAUGUCUAAAAUACAAUGCCUG